UGUAAGUUUGCAGGAAUGGCUCUUAUAAUGCGAAUCUGCACUCUGCUGGUAAACGUCUUAUGCUUGCCUCUCCACCUGAUCGAAGCGGUCGGUUUAUACAAAUUAUACAAGCGAGUCUUCCCGAUUUGUCUAUAUCGACUUUGUAUAUCGUACAACAAGAAAAUGCACGACAAGAAGGCAGAGCUGUUUCGCAGUCUCUCAGAGUUCAAAAGACCUGGAAAGCAGCUCACUGUUUUAGAGAUUGGCUGCGGCACAGGCGCGAAUUUUGAGUAUUAUCCGCCUGGUUGCAAGGUGGUCUGCACAGAUCCAAACCCCCAUUUUCAGAAAUAUCUGAAGACCAGCAUGGCCGAGAACGACCAGCUGACGUACGAGAAGUUUGUUGUGGCAUCGGGGGAAUACAUGGGGGCAGUGGAGGACGAAUCGAUAGACGUUGUUGUUUGCACCCUGGUGCUCUGCUCUGUCAACGACAUCCCGCAAACUCUGCGAGAGGUUUACCGCAUACUGAGACCAGGUGGAGCCUUCUUUUUCUUGGAGCAUGUUGUGGCAGACCCCUCCACCUGGGCAUACUUCUUCCAGCAUGUUCUCCAGCCUGCGUGGUACUACUUUGGUGACGGAUGUGAAGUCGUCCGUGAGACUUGGAAGUAUCUGGAGUCAGCUGGAUUCUCUGAUCUCAAACUUAGACAUGUGGAAGCACCUCUCAUCUUCAUCAUCAAACCGCACAUCAUGGGCUUUGCUGUCAAAUAGAUUCUAUAUGGUUAACUGUAUUAGUGAGCAAAAACCAGAGUGUGAAUUUGUGCUGCAUUAGUGUGUCUUUCUUUGCAAUAAGAUUGAUCCAGACUGAUUGAGAUAACACCUUUUCCUUUGAUAUACUUUACUAUUAUACAGUACGUCACUUGACAAUUAAACCAAUAAAGAGACACAUUUUGGCUGCCUUACUGCUGAUUGUGAUCAUUGUAAAAUUAUUGAAUUCUAUUCCAUGUUUAAAUUUACUUUUUAGUGACCUUUGAGAUUACACAAACAGAAAAGCUGGUCCAGGGCCUCAUGAUUUCAUCUAGCAGUAUCUCACCUGGAGCUUUGUAGGCUAUUUGCGUCAACUUGUCACGAAAGUGCAACACUGACAUUUUUUUGAAUUUGCUGGGUCUACCAACAUGCGCUGAGAUCCCAAAGUGGUGAUGUUGCUGUCACUUCAUUGCCAUGUCCCUAUGAUCCGUGAGACUGUUUGUGAUACUUCCUUGACUGAAAGCAUAGUUUUUUUCUACAAGGUGAGAGCGGGAGGUUGGGUAAAUAACAAUGCUUCUUUUAAUUGUCAUUAUUGUAUGUAUUUUUUAACCUGUAUGAAGUCAGAAAAGCGUUCACUUUGCUUAAUGCAAAGGUUGGACACUGGGAGCAAAGUGUUGGGUUUAUCGUGGGAGGCAUAUGAAACCAGUGGCAAACUCAGGAUGUUUGAGGGGCAGGGGUGAAAAUAAUAAAAAUGGAACCUGCUUUAUGUGGUUGGGCACCAGCACAUAAAAAGUCAUUAUACAUUUCCAAUGAAAUAGUUUUGUCCACUGGUGACACACCUCCACAGAGAGAACUUUAAUUGAUUUAAUUACACAAAAAGACGACUAAGCUGCUAAUAAACUCAACAGUUGCAUCUUAAACAUCCCUUUCGAUGCACGUUUCUGACCGAAAAUAGUAGCAG